AUGUCCGACGUCGCCGCCCUGGAGGCCGAGGUCAAGGAAUUCAAGAUUCAACUUGAAACCGUCCAAUCCAGCUUGCAGGUAGAACCCGAUAACACGGAGCUGCAAAGUCUCAAGACUGAACUCGAAGAACUCAUAUCCCUCACCGAAACUGCCAUCGCCGAGCUCAAACCGCCCGCAGCCGCAUCCAAGCCGGCGCCCGCACCACCCAAGGAGACUUGGUCGUCCAAGGAUACCGGUUCGCGCCAGUCCCAGCCGGCCGUAGAGCGUACCGACGAGACUUCCAUACCCCCUCCCGCCGUCUCCUACUCCGUCAAUGAGAACGUCCUGGCCCGCUGGGCCUCGGGCGACAAUGCCUUCUAUCCUGCUCGCAUCACCUCUAUCACGGGCUCCUCCAGCAACCCCGUGUACCUGGUCUCGUUCAAGUCGUACGCGACCGUCGAGAACCUGACAGCCAAGGACAUCCGCCCCAUCGCGGGCACUGACUCUCGCAAGCGCAAAGCUGAUGGAACCUCAGGCAAUUCAGCAUCCCCGUCGCCCGCCCCAUCGUCGGCCUCGCAUCCUAACGUGAUCUCGGCGGCGGCCGAUAUCAAUCCCACUCUGGCCAACCAAGCCCGUCAGGAGCCCAGCAGGGUUGGGGAUGGACCAGCACGCCCCGCUAAGGCGCCCCGCAAGGUCAAGGCCAACAAGGAACUGGAGGAGGGCAAGAAUAAAUGGCAGAAUUUUGCAGCCAAGGGCAAGGGCAAGUUUGGCAAGAAGGACAGCAUGUUCCGUACGGGCGAAUCGGUCAACGCACGAGUCGGAUUCACGGGAUCGGGCCAACAGAUGCGCAGGGACCCGGCGAGGACCCGCCACGUCUACCAGCAGGCCGACGAUGAGGGCUAUUAA